AUGGCGGUGGUGGUGCCGUCAGCGGCGCACUCCUCGUCCGUUCUCGCUCGCCGCCAGUCAGCGGAGCGGUCAAGAGCGACGGUCCGGUGGUGGCUGUCCCACGCGCGGUGCCUUCCGUCUGGUCAUGCGUCAUCCUGUAGUCGACCUGGUCACAGCAGGAGCACCCAUCGAGUCGUUGUCGCCGUCACCGUCGUCAUCAUCGUCGUCGUCUUCGUCGCGCUGUCGAACCGCGAACGCGACGCACCAGCGAGUCCUGGAACGAAGGUCGCCGGCACCGCAGCCGGCUCGGACGACUCCCGACGCCGGUCGUCGGCGAGCGAACGCGCGCGAGCGGCAGACUGGCGCGGUGGAGUUGAUGAAGCAGCGGAUCUCCUCAUACGUCGCGCUUUGCGCCCGGUUCAUUCGCACCUCGCACGCGCCACGGCGAACCCCGCGUCCCUCGCAGAGGACUGUGUGUUAUCGUCGUCGCACCGUCGCGCCGCGCCGAGCCGGCCGUCCCGUAGCGACUCUCGUGCCGCCGACGUUCGCCGGCGUCUGCAAGCACGCGACUCUCGCACCCUGAGAGAAAGAGACGUCGCCGUAGCGGGAGGACCGAGCGGUGCGCGCGGCCUGCCGCAACUCAAGCCUAUCGCCGCACGACCCCGCCAGAAGCGAGUCAGUGCUACUCCCGAUUUCCGCGCGAGAGCCGCUCUCGUCGGGGACGUUACCCGCGCGUAUCGGUUUUCUGUCCCUCUCUCUUUCUUUUUUUUUCUUUCUCUCUUUCUCUCUCUCUUUCUUUUUUCUCUCUUUUUCUUUUCUCUCCCCCUCUCUCCCUCUCUCUCUCUCUCUCUCUCUCUCUCUCUCUCUCUCUCUCUCUCUCGCUCGCUCGCUGUCUCUCUAGCUCUCGCCGCUCCGCCGUCGAUCCGUCGCGGCUCGUCUCCGUCAGUCCGCGCCAAUGACUCGUCACCUCGACGAGACGCAGUGCCGCGAAGAACCGCGCCACGACGAUCUUCCAGCGACGGCCGGAGCUCGUGAAAGUGCGGCGACCGAGUGCCGGUGGUGGCAAGGAUAAUCGAGAAGGGAUGAUCCCGGAAGCCUAGUGGGGAGACUAGUCCCUGUCUCUCUUUCUCAAAAGUGAAGUCCCCGUGGAUGUGACUCGUUGCGUGGUGAAGCACGCUCUCGCGACUGGCCGCGUAAGUGACACGCGUCGGACACUCCGCGGUGCCCUUGCGCGCGAUUCACCGGCUGGCUCCCCUUCCGUGUGUGCCACGCUCGCUCGAACUCGCGCGGUACCGUCACCGGGACUACCCCGACGGCGCAGCGAAGGAACACGCGGUCACUCCACGCUGGCAUGGUUACGUAAACGCGCGGCAAAGGUCGUUGCGCUGCACCGCUGGAUCGACCAGAAGUCCAUUUUCUCGCGGGAGGAAGUGACGGCGCCAACGGUUGCCGCUUCUUUGUCCCGGUAGAAACCGGAGAAGAAGGAAAGAAACGUCGAGGGAAAACCGCGCGAGUGCACCGGACCGCCCGCGAACGGAGUGCCUCGCCGACGAGUCCUUGGCCGACGUCUCGGCGAGAGGACGCUCCGUGUGGCCGGCGGAGGUAUCGCUGAAGGAUCCUCACGACUGCCGCAAUUCGACGUCGAUAAUGACAACGUUGGUGAGCAGCACUUAGCGCAAUCUCGCGUUAUCCGUCAUCUCCGGGCGCCGUGUGCCAACGACACCGCGUCGGACGUCGCAGCGAUCGCCAUUAUCGCCAGAUAGAAGAAGAUAUCGCAGAUAUCCGAGAAAGAGAUAACGCGAUCGCUACGACUCGUGAUUCUCGGCUAGCAGAGUCGUGGGAGGACGACGUCGACAACAACAAUAAUAACAGCAACAACAACAACAACACAAUCGGCUCAUCUCGCCGUCGCAGCAGCCUGUGCAAAGGGACGCAAGGACCGGACGGCAGCUCCGGGACGCGAUCGGAAGGAAGUAACAUACAACAACGUCCAGCCUGUCGAUCGACUCGCCGGGACCGUCGUAUAUCUCGGCGGUAAUGCGCGCAAAUUACGCGUCUCGCGCCUCUCUCUCAGCACGAGGGCAGCGCGACCAGAGGGACGAGGCGCAGCAGCGAGGAGCGCGUUUAUACACUCGAGGAUAAUUCGCCCGUGUUGCGCUUCUUUUACCUGCCCGCCUGCCCGGCUACGAUCGCGCCGUCCUCUUGUUACCCGCUUGAGGAACGAGCGCUUCGUGACUUGGACGCGGAAUCUCCACUCGCGCUCAGCAGCCGCAGGCCGCGGCGUGUCAAGUGCGGCCAGGCAGGAGAAAUCGGGAGAGAAGUCGCAGGAUUCACCGCGGCAGUCACGUGUUGUUGUCGCAACAUUCGGCACUGUCUCACGUGCCGUCGCGCGAGGAGGCGCCCCUCUCGCGUCCUCGGAGGUGCGUCACGGCGACCGGCGUGCACCCCGCGGAUGGUCAUUUGCGAUUUCCUCGGCAAGUCGCGGCGAACGCCAGCGAGAAUUGCACGCGAGAAGGCCGACGCGGAGCUGGCAAGCGGAGAAGCGCGCGCGAGAGAGAGAGAGAGAGAGAGAGCCCUAUGACUGAGAGUGGCCCGCGACAUUGAGCGAGAGACAUUCGGCGAAAGUUGCCGGCGAGUUCAAGGCGAACGGACACCAACCCGUCGGCCAAGCCGUCUGAUGAAUUUCUCGCGACACGAGCGCGCAUUCCUCGCCUCGGGGACAUGAAACGUCCUGUACCGUUAGCGCGCGCCGCGGCGCUUUAGAACGAGAGGAUCCAUUUGCCGCGAGAUCUCUCGCGGACGAACUGCGUCGACAAUCGCCGGCCGAUUCACUCCCGUGCGACGACUCGCUCAUUCCCGCGAACGAAUACUCCUGCGGACGCUUGCACGCGCCCGCGCGCGCGCACGCGCGCGCCAGCGCGCUCGCGACUCUCGUUGGACGUCGAAGGAGGUCAAAGUUCGCGCCCCGUGGAGCGCGUGGAUUCGAGGAUUCGAACGGACCAGGCGACUUGCGGAUCUACAGCCACGAUUGUGCCCGUGUGAUUGCUUCAUCCUGAUCGGCGCGGUAGCCAUGUCAUCGCCGGUUCGGCACGGCGGAUCACGAGAAAUCGGCAUCGAGCCGGGAGAGAAGAGCCAUCAUCGUCGGCAUCACGGUGCGCUUAAGGCCGAGUGACGUCGACAGCCGGAGAAAUCGGUAAUCGAAGGAUCGAUACAGGCAGAUCGAUCCACCAAAUCGCAACCGACGGCCUCCUUGCUGGCCCGGCCAGCUACUAUGCGAAUUGAAGCUCUCAGCACCCUCGU